AUGCCGCCUCGAAAAGCUAGCGCUACCUCUGGCACGCGAAAAACACGAGCUACCAAAGCUACCAAAGCUACUAAGGCCUCCAAGGAAAAGGAAGCAGCUGUCGUCGCGGUAGCUCUAUCUCAAGCUUCAGCUUCGGUCUCACCACCUCCGGAUCUGCCUCAAUACACACCACUUCAGCAAGCGAUCCAAACUUCCUUUAGCUCUGCCCAGGGUUCGACUGCAACACACCGAAAACUCGUAGUCGCAUUACGAGCUACACAAGAGAAAUGCGCGAAAGAAGGAAUGAGAGCCGAGAAGGCGUUUUGCGUGGAAUUUGUACGAUGCCUAAAUCGUGCUCUUGUCGUGAAGAAGGGAGAGGCUGUUGGAGAUAGGAUAUUGAGGUUUUGCGAUUCAUUUGUCAGGCAUAUUUAUGAAAAAGAGUUGAAGGACAGGAAGGCAGCAAAAACUAGUGACGGUGAUGUGGAAAUGCAGGUGGAUGAAGAUGAAGACGACCAAUUACCACCAUCUUGCACGACUCGCUUUACACGGUUCCUUCUCGCGCACCUUGCGAAGGGUCUCACGGCCGCCAACAAAAUCGUUCGAUUUCGCGUCUGUCAGUUUUUCGCGUUGACACUGAGCUCAAUACCCGCCUUAGAUGAGCAUUCAUUUGCUAUAUUGAAAAAGGGCCUGGUUAGGAGGAUGUAUGACCGAGAGUCGAAUAUUAGAGGACAGGCAGCGCUGGCGCUGAUGAGACUCGGAUUUGGUGCCUCAGAAGAAGAAGAGGAAGAGGAGGAAGAUGAUGACGACGAUGACGAAGGUCUGGUACAAAAUACCGUAGUUGGAAGGCUUGUGGAUAGGCUCUCAGGCGACAAUAGCGCGGAGGUCCGCCGAGCUAUUUUGAUGAAUCUCAAUCAUACACCAUUAACACUUCCACAUCUCCUAGAGAGGUCUCGAGACCUUGAUGCUCUAACACGGCGCCUGGUCUACUCUAGGACUCUACCAUCCCUUGGAGACUUUCGUCUGCUUACAAUUUCCAUGCGAGAAAAGAUUCUCCGAUGGGGUCUUCAAGACCGUGAUAUAGCUGUUAGAAGGGCUGCUGAAAAGGCGUUUGUCGAUAACUGGGUCUCUAACGCUGACGGCGACGUCCUUGAGGUCCUUGAAAGAUUGGAUGUCGUGAACAGCAAAGUCGCGGAGAUGGCAAUGGAAGCAUAUUGGCAGCACGGAAACUCAGUCGAAAAAGCGUUUAGUGAGGAAUUCUGGAACGAUCUUACAGCAGAAUCAAUAUUCUUGGUUCGAACAUUUCAUGACUAUUGUCGUGACCCAAAGACUAAGAACGAUCACCACAUCGACGAAAAGGUUCCGGAGGUUACAACAAUGGCUCUUAUCAUUCAAAAAUACAUCAAUCUUUUGAUAGAGUCCCCAUUGGGGGUUCCGGUCAAUCCCUCCGCAAGUGUCAAUGCUCAACCAAAGGACUCUGCCGAGAUCGAAUUCAUCGUCGAGCAACUCCUUUUAAUAGCCCUUAAAGCCGACUACGGUGAUGAAAUUGGUCGCCGUGCAAUGUUUGCUUUGCUCCGAGAGUCACUUGCGAUCGUAGAUCUACCAGAAGCGACUGUCAGCCGCAUCAUAGAGGUCAUGCGCAAGGUUUCCGGUGGGGAACGAGAGUUUUGUAGUGUGACAUUGGAAAUCAUAGCAGAAGUUCACGAUACGAUCGCCCCGGAGGAAGAACCAGCGGUCGACGGAGAUGACAAUGACAGCUUCCACUCGGCACAGUCAGAACCGGAAGACGAGCGGCCCAAGAAAAAGCACAAAACCAAGCAAAAGGCAAAGACACCAAGAAUUGGUGAUAGUGAUGACGAGAUGAUGGACCUGGAUGAUGAAGAAUCCGACGAGAAGGCAAUCAAAGAGAUGGUGACAAAUCUCAGAUGUCUCUUUAUUGCGCAGUGUAUGCUCGAGAAUGUUGAGGGAGAUCUUAGCUCGAACGCUCAUUUGGGAACUAUGCUGAAUGGUCUCAUCGUUCCAGCUGUACGCUCGCAAGAGGCUCCGAUAAGAGAAAGAGGCUUGAGAUGCCUGGGAUUAUGCUGUCUACUGGAUAAGCCGCUCGCUGAAGAAAAUCUAACGCUGUUCGCUCACUGCUUCAACAAAGGGCAUGAAGAGUUACAGGUUGAAGCAGCGCAUAUUAUCUGUGACAUGUUGGUGAUUCAUGGAACCACACUUUUCGAAAGUGAGAAAUGUCAAAUCGAGCAGAAGACAUUGUACAAGAUGUUUGGAAAAGCAACAAAAUUGGAGGAUAGCCCUGAGACACAGGCGGCUUGUGUAGAGGUUCUCUGCAAGUUGUUUUUGGCGAAGGUAGUUGAGGAUGAUGACCUGCUCAAAGCUAUGGUCAUUGCAUACUUCGAUCCUUCAACGAACGAAAAUCUAGCACUCCGACAAACCCUUUCAUACUUCCUGCCGGUUUAUUGUCACUCGCGUGAUGAUAAUCAAGUUCGUAUGCAGAGAAUAAUAGUAUCCACUCUCCAUACGCUUAUAGGAUUAUUUGCAAACUUAGAUGAGGGUGAAGAAAUGGUUUCUCCCGCAAAUAUGACAAACCAGAUGACAGACUGGACGGAUCCACGGAAGGUGUUCAAGCUUGAGACAGUGCUAGAAGGGGCUAUCAACUGGGACGUUCAUGUCGAUUUAGCAACCGAUAUCGUCGGAAGGAUAGUAACGGGGAGUACAAAGGAGGAAAAGAAGAUACUUUGUCAGUUCCUUGGGAAACUUGUCAUUAGUCCCUUUGCAUCUGCCGAGAAACUACGCGAACUAUCCGAGCAAACCAUAGAACUUACCGGAUCCAAAGCCGUCAGUGAUGCUGUUUCCAAAAACGCACUCGUCAAAUUUGAAGCAAGUUUACAAAAGGUCAUUUCCCAACAAGAAGAGGGGCCGAGGAGUCGCCCGGGAACUCGAGGUAGCGCCGCUAGUUCCGGAGGCGGCGAUGCGGCUCGUGAUGAAGACGAAGAGUUGGGAGGGGAACAGAAUACUGCUGAAACCGAUGGGGAGACAGACCGCGAGGAAGAUGCGAAAGGUGAACCAGAGGAAGAGGAAGAGGAAGAUUCGUAG